GCAUUCUCUGUAAUGGAAUUUCUCUGCUUGUUCUCUCUCUUGGUGUUUAUGUUUCUACCAUGGUCUGAGCUUGUGCAUUCUCAGCUCCUCCAUGAUGAGAUAGCAUUGCUUGCAAUUGGAAAAGAGCUUGGCUUAACUGAAUGGGACAACUUGCUCACUGGGGAAAUACCCAAUGAGCUCGAGAGCCUAGAGAAGUUGCAAGACUUGCAAAUUUAUACUAAUAAGUUGAAUGGUUCUAUCCCACUUUGGGUGGGGAACUUGACCAAUCUGAGAGUUUUUACUGCUUAUGAGAACCAAUUAAGUGGUCAAAUUCCUGAGAAUCUAGGGUUACAUUCUGAGCUUCAACUCUUGAACCUUCAUUCUAACCAGCUCGAAGGAACAAUACCCAAGAGCAUUUUUGCUAUGGGGAAGCUAGAAGUCUUGAUUCUGACUCAGAACCAAUUGGCUGGCAGUCUUCCUGAAAUGAUCGGGCUUUGCAGGGGCCUCUCAAAUAUUAGAAUUGGAAACAACAAACUCAUAGGAAAUAUUCCAAAGGAAAUUGGAAAUAUUAGCAGCCUUACAUACUUUGAAGCCGAUAAUAACAAUCUCUCUGGAGAGAUUGUCUCUGAGUUUAGUCAGUGCUCUAACCUCACUCUCGUAAAUUUGGCGUCAAAUGGUUUUGUUGGUACGAUUCCUCAGGAGCUUGGACAGCUUAGCAACCUGCAGGAACUGAUUGUUUCAGAUAACAGCCUAUUUGGAGAGAUUCCCACCUCAGUUCUUAGCUGCAAGAAUCUAAACAAGCUUGAUUUAAGCAAUAACCGAUUCAAUGGCACCAUUCCUGAAGAUAUCUGCAACACAACUAGAUUGCAGUACUUAUUGCUAGGUCAGAAUUCAAUUACGGGGGAAAUACCACACGGGAUUGGGAACUGCGUGAAAUUGCUUGAGUUGGAAAUGGGUGGCAACUAUCUGACUGGAAGUAUUCCUCCAGAUAUUGGUCACAUCAAGAACCUACAAAUAGCAUUAAAUCUGAGCUUCAAUCAUCUCCAUGGAACAUUGCCUGCAGAACUAGGUAGACUUGACAAGCUGGUUUCUUUGGAUGUUUCCAAUAAUCAACUCUCUGGGAAUAUCCCGACUGCACUUAAGGGCAUGAUGAGUUUGAUAGAGGUUAAUUUCUCCAAUAAUAUGUUCACUGGUCCCAUACCCACAUUUGUACCAUUUCAGAAAAGCCCAAGCUCAAGGCUGUGUGGAGAGCCAUUGACUUCAUGUGGGAACCUUAAUAGUUCUGGCCAUGGGAAUUACCAUCACAAGGUUUCAUACAAGAUCAUAUUAGCUGUUAUUGGCUCUGGUCUAGCUGUCUUUGUAUCAGUGACCAUAGUUGUUCUGCUCUUUAUGAUAAGGGAAAGGCAAGAAAAAAAAGCCAUCAAAUCUGCUGGGAUUGCCGACGAAGCAAGCAAUAACAAGCCAUCAAUAAUAGCAGGCAAUGUCUUCGUUGAGAAUCUCAAACAAGCUAUAGACUUUGAUGCUGUCAUCAAAUCAACUAUGAAGGAGUCCAAUAAGCUAAGCAGUGGAACGUUCAGCACUGUUUACAAAGCAGUUAUGCCAUCCGGUAUGCUUUUAUUAGUGAAGAGACUAAAGUCUAUGGACAGGACAAUAAGCCAUCACCAAAGUAAGAUGAUUAGAGAGCUUGAAAGGCUGAGUAAGCUCUCUCAUGAUAAUCUAAUGAGAAUUAUUGGGUAUAUAAUCUAUGAAGAUGUUGCUCUUUUGUUGCAUCAGUACUUACCGAAUGGAACUUUGGCUCAAUUCCUUCACGAGUCUACAAAGCUCCCUGAGUACAAGCCUGACUGGCCAACAAGACUGUCCAUUGCCAUUGAAGUGGCAGAAGGCUUAGCUUUUCUUCAUCACGUGGCCAUUAUACACCUGGAUAUAUCUUCAGGUAACGUCCAUCUGGACGCGGAUUUCAAAGCUUUGGUUGGAGAAGUGGAGAUAUCAAAGCUCUUAGACCCAUCCAGAGGCACUGCAAGUAUCAGCGCAGUUGCUGGUUCCUUUGGUUAUAUUCCCCCAGAGUAUGCAUAUACAAUGCAAGUUACAGCACCAGGAAAUGUCUACAGCUACGGUGUUGUCUUGCUUGAGAUUCUCACAACCCGGAUGCCAGUUGAUGAGGAAUUUGGUGAGGGAAUAGAUUUGGUGAAGUGGGUCCACAGUGCACCUGUGAGAGGAGAAACCCCAGAGCAGAUACUUGAUGCGAGGCUUAGCACUGUUUCCUUUGCCUGGAGAAAAGAAAUGCUGGCAGCGCUGAAGGUUGCUCUACUCUGCACAGACACCACUCCAGCCAAGCGGCCAAAAAUGAAAAAGGUCGUGGAAAUGCUUCGGGAAAUCACUGAAAACUAA